AUGGAGCCAACAACAGUCGUCGGGGCAGUAUCGGCUCUCACCGAGCUCUUCGCCGACGGAGCAGAGCACUACGCGCGUUGGAAGAGGAACCGCGCCGUUGGCAACCACUAUUGUCGAACAGCAGGGUCUGGUGGCCAGAGGGAUAUCAUCAACUGUGCCUUGAGCGCAUCUUUGGGUGCGUCCGGCCACCAAAUCAAGCAGACGUACGAUGUUGGAUUCGCCAUACUCGGAGCAGAGUUCUCCAUGGGCGAUGCACCAUGUCGGGAUGUGCUCUGCAACCAGUUGUUCAACCUCAACAGCCGAGUGUCACUACUGCGCCGGGCUUCCACCCAGUCCAAUUUGACUGGUCAUUUGAAUCUCUCAGACAUUAUACAUAUAUCCGAGUCCGUUAGGGUUGCUUCCGUGAGGGCCCUGGCAGAAUUGUAUCUUCGCGUCGCAGGCGGUCGCCCUAGUUUGCCCAAAUGUCUCCCCGUCCCCAAGCUUCAGCCGUGCCAAAACGGUUCAAUUUCACGAUACCCGGCCAGCCCGACAGACGGCGACAACGUUGACGGCGAUAACGAUGACGACGACAAGAUGACAACAGCCAUGACCAUCACCACGGACCAGGCACCAUUUCAAUCGGAACCUCCUUCGCCUCCUCCGACUCCGCCAACACCCAAACCCACCGGCAGUGACGCCGCUUCCCUCUUCGCGGCUUCCGAGGCUGGCGCCAGCAGCACCGGCACCUUUCUCCUCCGCCCAAAGGUCAGCGUAUUCAGCAUGUUCUGCCCUGAGGCCAUGACCUUCCAAGUCAACCUUUCCAAGAGCAUCCCGGAGACACCCAAGAGGUGCAAGUGUGGCUACCGAUGGAAGGCGCUGCUACCCGACAACAAGGACUUUGUCCUCCUUAAAGAAGGGUUUCGAAUGUCCAGCCGCUUUCUGGCCAAGUCGCACUCCGACAGGAACAAGUUUGCCUGCUGUUUAUGUGUGCCGUCAGGGAAGUCAGACAAGUACGAAUCGGCCGAAGCACUGCAAGCACACAUCAACCUUUCACAUACCAAAUGGCAGAUGCUUCAUGAUCGGGACAUAUCCUAA